AGCACCAAACAAGAACAACGACAACUCUGCAAACCGACGCGUACACUAACAUUCAUUCAACGACUGCACUCUGCAGCCGCUCUUGUCCUCUUUCCUUCCACUACGGAUCCCAUUCCUCCCAAUCAUCAAACACCUUCCACUGCAUCUCUACCUCUUCUUCUCGUCAGAGUCUUUGAAGGAAACAAAUUUAUGGAUUUAGUGAAGAAAGUGUGAUGAUUAUGAAUUGAAGUGUAGAGAGAAGAAAUGAACGUGAGCCAUGCUUCGGUUCACCCAAUUGAAGAAGUUGCAACGACUGAAGGUGGUGCUGACCAAAAUGUUAACGUUAACGCUCCCAGGGUGAGGAUGAAGGAUAUUCAAGGCAUGCCUGGCACUGUUGGUGGCCUCUCUUUGCGAGUUUCUCAGUUUGUUUUCGCUGCUGCUGCACUUUCUAUCAUGACCUCCACUAGUGAUUUUCCUUCUGUUACUGCUUUCUGUUACCUUGUUGCUGCUGCCGGCUUGCACACUUUGUGGAGCCUGUCAUUGGCCAUUACUGAUGUAUAUGCUCUUUUAGUAAGGCGUUCUUUGCAGAACUAUCAAAUCGUCAGUUUGUUUACAAUUGGUGAUGGGGUCACUUCGACCCUUACAUUUGCAGCAGCCUGUGCUUCAGCAGGCAUCACAGUCCUUAUUGAUAAUGAUCUUGGAAGUUGUGCACAGAACCACUGUGUGCAGUUUGAAACAGCUACAGGCAUGGCCUUCAUUUGUUGGUUCACCACAGUGCCAUCUUUUCUUCUCAACUUCUGGUCCCUGGCUUCACGGUAAUUAAAAAAAAUUACACACAAAAACUUGAGAAACUUGGGCAGCUUGUAAAGUAAAUGCUGGUGUAAGGGGUUUGAUUGUUUUUUUCACCUGUCAAAGUUUUUUAAGCUUCAUUUCACGUGUUAGGGCCAACUGGUUGAAUGUUCUCCUCAUGAUCAAACCAGAGAGCUGGUUUGGGAUUUUGUAAUGUGGUAUAUUGCUUAGUCAUGUUUGGUGGUGGAGUAAGUAAACAUGACUUAUGAUCAAUGUAGUAAUGUGUCAAGAAACAUUCAAUAUUGGUGGCGUUUUUGGUAAUUUUAUGGUAUGAUUGAUUGAUUGGUCUUGGCCUAACAAACCGUGUUAUUGGGAUGUUGACAAAAAAAUUUCUUGUGUUAGGUAAAUGUAUUUUUAGUUCAUAGUUACUUUAUGUUUUUUCUAUAAUUAAUAUCAUUUUUUU